GUUCUCUCUCGUGCAAUGAAACAUGGUUAGCGACCACUAUCGAGGAGGCCGUGGCAGGCAGAGAAGUGGACGCAGUUGUGACGUCAUCACCCUCCCGUAUCUGUCCACUAGCCGCCAGUAUAGCUCCCGCCAAUACACUCUUCUUCACUUCCGCCUGUCCUGAGGAUUUAUCUCCGUUUGGAACUUCAGUGGCAUUAUUGGCAACAGCUGAAGCCGUCGCUCAUCUCACUAAGCGCUAUAGCUGGAGAUCCGUCAUACUGCUUUAUUCAG